AGAAAAGGAACGUAUUCGUUACGCCAACCUCAUGUACGACAGGAGAGUGGUGCGUGGCAACACUUAUGCCCUUCAGUUCACACCUGUGAGCACCCAACCCAGUCCCCUUGAGAUUCGAAGGCAGAGGGAAGCACAGAAAAGAGCACUGGCUAGAAAGCGUGCAAAAGAGCAAAUGCAACUAAGAACACCUGAGCCUGUGGAAGGCAGAGAACACGUUCAUGUGCAGACAGAACUGUAUUUGGAAGAAAUUUGUGACCGUCCAAUAGAGGUUGAUAUAGAAUGUCAAACAGAUGCAUUUUUGGACAGACCACCCACUCCACUCUUCAUACCAGCCAAAACAGGAAAAGAUGUGGCCACACAAAUAGAAGAAGGAGAGUUGUUUGACUUUGACGUUGAAGUCAAGCCCAUCCUGGAAGUGUUGAUUGGGAAAACGAUUGAGCAAGCUUUGCUAGAAGUCAUGGAGGAAGAAGAGCUGGCCCGGCUGUGGGCACAUCAACGCGCUUACGCAGAGCUGCGUAACGCAGAGCUUGCUGAAGUACAGCGCCUAGAAGAGCAGGACAGGCGAUACAGGGAGGAGAAGGAACGUCGCAGACGCCAGCACAUGCAAAUGUUGCAGAAACAGAAAGAGACCACAGAGAAAAUUGCAGCUCGGGCAUUCGCUCAGCGUUACUUGGCUGAUCUCAUUCCCUCGGUCUUCAAUAACCUUCACGACAGUGGAUUUUUCUUUGACCCUGUAGAAAGAGACAUUGAGACAGAAUUCCUUCCAUGGCUGAUGACAGAAGUGGAACAAACACUAGAGAAGAAGGUUCUGGGGAGGACAAUGCUUGACUCCUUGAUUCGUACAGUGGUUGAAAACCGCUUAGAUGCAUUUAGCCGUAAACCUUUGUCUGAUCAGAAAGAGGCACCUCCCAAAGAGCCCAGCCCAACAGGGGCAGAAUGCCCAGUGGCAAGUGAGGCAGACACUGGUGACCAACUGGUUUCAGAGAAAGAAGAGACUGACCAACCUGCUCCUGAGGAAAAGCCUUCACGUCACAUCACUUUCCAGUUAGAAGAAUCGGAUCAAGGAGGAACAGAGGAUUUGGAAACUGAGCAG